CCCCCACGGGGCCGCCAGCGGCGGCAGCAGUACAGGAACCUGUGCUUUCCUCGGCUGCUGGGGGAAGGCGCCCUGGCCCCGCCGGGCCUGGGCUCAGCAGCCUGCGGCGCCCGGGCUUCGCUUCUCUCAGGUGGUGAGAGGGAAGAGGCCAGUGACCUGCUCGAUGCCUUGUACCAGAACAGAGAUCAGCUGAAUUGGGAAACUCCCGUUUUAAGAUCAGGAUGUGCUUGUGCCUUACCCGUGUUCCAGUCCUGACAAAUGACAGAUGUGGAAAACACUUAAAUACAAAUACUGAACUUACCUAAUGCCAAAUCACCCUUUUCAUACCAGGAGAGGACUAAAAAUGACUCCUAAAAUAAGGAAAAAAGUGAGCUCCUGGGAGAGAACAUGAAAGUUGUUGUCUUCUACUUGUUGGAAAGGAAAACUGAGGAUCUCGGAAUACUUUACAAGUACUAUCACAAUGCAGGUCUGAUCUGAUGAAACCACAACUAGUGCUGAUGCCUGCCUAUGAUGGGAAGAGAAUCCAGACUAUAAACCUGGGAUUUCUGGCCUCUUAAUAGGCAACAUGAAGGAGGAGUAUUUCCAGGGCACUGCCAUUCCAAAUGGAAGACAGCGUGUUCUCUGCCUGCUGAAAUGCUCUGAUGGACACUAUGUGUUGCCUCCUGAGUUAGAUGAGUAAGCCAGUUUGGUCUGCAUUGGAGUUGGGAUGAAAGACCGCAACCACAAUCCCUAAUCUCAUCUCAGAACUGCCAGAAGAGAACUCUAGAAACCACUUGGACCACUGCAAAAUCUGACCACAGGCAUGGGCAAGAUGUUCCAUUGCUUUUGAAACUGUAACAUCUGGAGCACAGCACUUUUGAUCCAUGGCAAAGUAUCCUAACUUCAAGGGAGUCAGUAGUUUGCUGAAACUGACAGACUUGCCCUCUGUGUUUACAAAUAAACAAAAUAAAACAAAUAAAAAGAGGUGGGAGAAAGCUGAGUGUCUGAAACACAGGCAGCAUUCCCAUGGUUUGGAAUGGAUAUCGGUGGAACAUUGGUUAAACUGGUCUACUUUGAACCUAAGGACAUUACUGCAGAGGAGGAACAGGAGGAGGUGGAAAACCUGAAAAGCAUUAGGAAAUACUUGACCUCCAAUACAGCCUAUGGUAAAACUGGCAUUCGUGAUGUCCACCUGGAACUGAAAAAUCUGACCAUGUGUGGACGCAAAGGAAACCUGCACUUCAUCCGCUUUCCCAGCUGUGCCAUGCACAGGUUCAUACAGAUGGGUAGUGAAAAGAACUUCUCCAGUUUGCACACUACGCUCUGCGCCACGGGAGGUGGAGCUUACAAGUUUGAGGAAGACUUUAGAACGAUGGCUGAUCUACAGCUGUAUAAACUGGAUGAAUUGGACUGUUUGAUCCAGGGCCUCCUUUAUGUUGAUUCUGUUGGUUUCAAUGGCCAACCAGAGUGCUAUUAUUUUGAAAAUCCUACAGAUCCUGAACAGUGCCAGAAAAAGCCUUACUGCCUUGAUAAUCCAUAUCCUAUGCUGCUGGUUAACAUAGGCUCAGGGGUCAGCAUCCUAGCUGUGUAUUCUAAGGACAAUUAUAAAAGAGUUACAGGAUCCAGCCUUGGAGGAGGAACAUUCCUGGGCCUGUGCUGCUUGCUCACUGGCUGUGAGACGUUUGAAGAGGCGCUGGAAAUGGCUGCAAAGGGAGACAGCACCAAUGUGGAUAAGCUGGUGAAGGAUAUUUACGGAGGAGACUAUGAGCGGUUUGGCCUUCAAGGAUCUGCUGUAGCAUCAAGCUUUGGUCAUAUGAUGAGUAAAGAGAAGAGAGAUUCCAUCAGUAAAGAGGACUUGGCCAGAGCUACUUUGGUCACCAUCACCAACAACAUAGGUUCUAUUGCUCGCAUGUGUGCGUUGAAUGAGAACAUCGACAAGGUGGUGUUUGUUGGCAACUUUCUCAGAAUAAAUAUGAUUUCUAUGAAGGUGCUAGCAUAUGCUAUGGAUUAUUGGUCCAAGGGACAGCUAAAAGCUCUGUUUUUGGAACAUGAGGGUUAUUUUGGAGCUGUUGGGGCUCUUCUAGAAAUGCUUAAAAUGACAGAUGAUCAGUGAUGAAGCUGUCUGAAGAGAUUUCUACUGCAGAUGCUGCUGGGUAAGAGUGAAAGCCACUAUAAGGAUGGAAAUGAAGCCAUUUUGGUAGUCCUACCUGCUGGAUUUGUAAAUAACUUAAAAUCCUUUUAGCUGAUCUUUGAUUUCUGGGUUUUGACCUUAUACUUCAGAAUUCAUACUGGGAAUUACAAGAUUUUUUUUUCCGUACACUGUAUUUUUUAGGGGAAAAAUGUGCAAAGUGGCCAAACAUACAGAUUUUAUGGAUUUAUUUUAAAAAAUGGAUACUGUUUAAUGUAGGACCUGUGAUAUGAGGCAUCUGCUUUUCUUCUGGGGUUUACUGAUUAGUGUGGUAAUUUUAACUUCAUUUAGUAAUCACUCUAGGAGAUUUUUUUUAUCUUAUUUUCAUGACGUUUCAUGAUUUGUUCUUGGUUUCAAAUGAAACUACAAAGCUGAUGCAUUUUACUGUGAAAACUAGUAAUUGAUUUUUUUUGCCUUUCCUCAUUAGAUGAGACACUUUAACAUCUCUCUGACCCCUCCCCCCAAAAAAUAAAUUUGCAAACCAUUCUGUGGCUAAAUGCAUUUCUUCAAAGGACUGUGAGGAAGGUUGGUAAUAGUAGGGGGUUUAAGAUUGUAAUAUUUCAGUAGUUAUGAAUUGCAAUAGGAAGAGAAUGCCAACUGGUUUUGCAGGGCUGAUUCUUCUCCAUAGUAAAAAUUUUAAAGAAGAUGUGAACUAAAAUUUUAAUUAUUUAAUUAACACUAAAAUGAAAAUCUCUUUCUGAUUAAGACCUCUGAUCAACAUGAGGAGUUCUGUAGUAAAGAUGUUGGUGUAUUAGAUGGCAAAGGGAGAUUGUCUUCACUUAUUUUUCCUUUAGUCUGCAAAUUUUAACUUGUUCUUAAUUGAAAACAACUGAUAACAGCAUUAUUAAAAGCCCAAUAACUAAAAUUAGAAAAAUACCAACUGAAGUAUUUUCUGCUUUUAAACUGGUGUUAACUUUCCCUGCAGGACACUAAAAUGUGAGUGUUUAUUCCAAUAGCAUAUCUUCUACCUUUUCUGAUUUGUGGACCUCUCUAGAUUUUUUCCCUAAAUUGAACUGAGAUCCCUUUGAAAUCCAUGUGCUUAGGUUGCUGUGGAGCAUGUAUGAACUUGCUUUCCUCAGACACCUUGAGGGCCCACAAAUGAUAGGCAGAAAAACAGUUUGUAAAUUAUUUUGUCUUGCAAGACUGUAUGUGAUGUCACAUAAUGUAAAUGACUCAUCAGAGGGACAGUAUAAAAUUCAGUAUAUUUUUGGAAGGGGGUAUAUUUCACUUUUUUAAGUCAUUAACUUACAUCUCCCAAAUGUUGAAAGAUGGUAAUAUUAACUGAAGUGUAAACUUGUCUGAUGGAAAUAAAGACCACUACUGUUUUGACAGUUUUAAUGUAUCUGUGGAAUUCAUUUCUUGAAAGCAAACAUAACACUUUCUUUGGUGACAUACGGGACUACAUAAUUCCGUAAUAAUUUUUUGUUUCUUGACAUGUUUUUACUCUUGGUAACAAAGCUUUAGUCUUUGAAGCCUUUUGCCUGCUUGAAGUUGACUUUAAAGGACUGUGAAUAAAAAUAUGAAAUAGUGUUAGUGUGUUGAAGUUGAUAUUUGCUGUAAUAUUGAGCUUGAGAUAAGUGCAGAUGUUUCUGCUCAGAGCCUCU